AGCAUUGUCUUUCGAGCACCAUCGGCCCUCGGGCUCUGAUCCGUUUAUCGCAUCAGUGUGUGGAUAAUUGUGGUAGUUUUGCAGUCGCUUGGCAUUGUUCCUCGAGCCGAGCCGUUCGAAACUCUACCAUUUUGCCAAGUGGCGGCCAAUGACCAUCGUGCUCCUGAUGGCGUGAUCACAACUGCUUAUUGCAGUUCGCUUGUUGCGCACUCUGAAUGGUAGUUCCUAGUUGAGUAUUUAAAAAGACAUGUUAUUCGUACUUAUGGAACGCCAUCCAACACAUCGUAACUCCCCUUCCCCCCCUUCCUGCCACUAUGCCCAAAAUUCCUGCUUGGAAGCAGCGUUUGCACCAGUUGCAUCUCAAUCCCCCUCAUUAUGAGGCGUCAUGGUAUGGGCCAAUCGAUAAACUUGCCAAUCAAGUUUUCGCAGCAGAUUGCUUUAUGGUCAAGCCGCAGCCGAAAAUCAGGCCCAGUGCCCCUCCUGGUGAUGCAGAUGGUGAACUGCUGGUUGAAGAAGAAGGUUUAUCCACAGACUCCAUGGGCACUCCAGUGCUCCCUACCUCCUACUUCGAACUGGACUUCGUUAUCGUCCUUGUGGAUGAUGCCCGAGAUAUUCCACUCGUGUGCAUCGAAGUGAAAAAGGAAGGGGAGUCACAUAAGUCUGCAGGCUCCCAGUUGUAUUAUUAUAUUGAGGCUUUGACUUCGAAGGAUCCCCAUGAUGAAUUCGUGGCUAUGCUUGUGCUUGGUGGGAAAUUCUAUUGUUACAGUGCUAGCGGGAGGCGAGCACGGACUGCGGGUGGAGAAGGCUGGGAGACGGCAGAGGAUUUAGAAGGAAUUUUCGAAAAAGUAGUCAAGGGUGUGUUGGGAGGAAAAGGAAAACGACGUCGCUGAGCACGACAUGCACUUCAUAUAGCAACCAUGACCGUAUGCAUUGAUGUCUUUAAGUAAGUGAAACAUGAGUCAAUGAUGAAACCU